AUGGCCGGCGUCGCCGAUGGUGACUUGGGAACUGCGGCGGGUGAUAUCGGGCUGUUUGCCUGCGAGGACGGAGACGACAGCGCUACGCACGCUAUCAUCAAGGGAUGCAUGACGAGAAGCCCGGGUGACCACGACGUCGCUGGCUCCAGUAACCACACCCCAACGGGGUAUCCGCUCCCACACGGGCCAUCGACCGUUCCUUUGUCGACAUCGUCCACGCUGGUUUCGUCCGGAGCGUCAUCGUCCGCCACGACGCGACCCGACUUCACGCGCGGUGGCCGGGACAGCCGGGCCUGCGGCAUCGCGAGCAACAACGGAGGGAGGAAGGGCGGAAACGGGGGAGGGCAAGGCUUUCGCGGUGCCGGUGGCGGCGGCGACGUCGGCAGCGACACGGGUCGCGACAAGACUCCGCUUCAGCGAGCCCUUCCGAUAUCGCCGUCCGGAAUUCGAGCCAUCCUGAAAGGGUUUUCGGUGCUGCCUUGGCAGUUCAGAGAACCGUCGCGAGACGGAAAUCGAUGGAACUUUUCCUCCGGUACCGCGGGGGCUAGCGCUGAGCCAACGGCCGCGGGGGCAGCGGGGGCAGCGGCGACGGGAGAUCACGCUCAGACUGCUGUUGCUGAAGGGCGUAACGGUGGAAGCGCAAGUGAAGCAGGCGGCGUCGCCAGCGCGUCCCCUCCGUCUCCCGUUCUCUCUACCUCCGCCUCCGCGCAAAGAAGCUCCCCGCGCAGCGGAUUGAUGGCGAACGUGGAAAAUCUCGGCACUCCGCGGCUUGUACGUAGCAACUCCAUGACGGUGGUGAGCGACAUCGAGGAGGGGAAAGGAAGAUGGCUUCGACGAGGGAGCUCCGCCGUCACGGCCGCCGCCGAGGCGGGGGCGGGUCGCCGCGGUGGCAACGUCAGCGGGGAGGGCAGAAGGUGGAGCACGCCUAGAGAGUUUUUCGAAGGCGGGAUUGAGUUGCUUGGCGGGGGCGGCGGGGGGUGGAAAGCCCAGGGUGGUCGCGGUCGUUCUGUGCGCGCACGGAGGGGGCGGUCGGCUUCUUUUGACCACGCCGCGAUACUCGAGGCCAACGACGGGGAGGAGUCCGCGCGCUCGAGGCACGGGGAGGAGCGGGGUGCCUGGGGAGCACCGUGGCGGAUGGGAGGGAUAGGCAGUGGGCUACCGUCUGGAGGGCGAGGGGGCUGGCAAGGAGUUCCGGGUGGAUCGCCGAGCGUGAUGGAAGGCCUGGGUCGGGAGUUUGUACGGCGAAAGGAAGACUUGGUACGAGGCACGGAGGCGGGUAUUGACAUGGCGAGGGAGGCGGCUAGGCGGGGGCUCGAGGCCGCUGACAAUGCCGCCCACGUGGUGGGCAUCAACCGCAUCCCCAUACUGAGGCAGUACCUGUGGGGGCAGGUGCACACUGGCUUCUGGAACUCCUACGAGGCUGUGCGGGGAGAAGUUCACGCUUGCGUUCGUAAGACGGUUGUGGACUGGUUACUCAGCCAGGACAACCCUCCAGACAUCAAGCUUUACGUUACGGGGCACUCCAUGGGCGGCGCCUUGGCGACGCACUGUGCGAUGGACCUCAAGCUGCACACCAUCGACAAGAUCCAGGCCCGCCUAGGUAACUUCGUGCGAGUGCGGCGGACGUUGAUGCAGAGAGUGAUGGAUUCGCUCCCCGGCCGCUUUCCGCAGCGCCGCGGCCGGCCGCAUCACCAUCAGCAGCGGCGGCAACAGCAACAGGCGCGUGAUGGUUCUAUCGCUGGGGGGAAGGCGCACCACGAGAUCGGUCCUGGUGGUGGCGGCAGAGGCGGGCGGACGGAUAAGACGGCCCCCCAGAAAGAUGGGUCUCGAGCACUGGGUUCACCGCCGCAACCUCCGCCAUCACCACCAUCGCCGCCAUUACCCGGCAAGGGACACCCCAGCGUGGCAGCAGCGGCGAGUGCAGUGGCUGCUACGAGAGGAGGGGUGAAGGGCCACAGCACCCUGCAAGAGCUGGCGAGUAACCUUGGCAGGCGCUUUCAAAGGAUAGGCGGGGCUUCGGCGGAAGUAGCAGGGGCCGCGGUUGGUGGCUACAGCGACGAAAACCAUGGCGAUGACUGCGCUAGUGCUUUCUCUGUCUCCUCUGGGAGAGAGAGCUGUGCACCCGAUGACAUCGGUGGUGGCGACCAGCCCGCUGGAGACACCGCCUCCGGUGCUAGCGGUGGUGCUGGCGCCGUUGCCACCGAAAGCAGUCCUCCUGCGGUCUUCACUCCGGCCUUGGCCGCUCCCCCUGGUUCUACCGUCCGGGCUCAUGUUUUUUUCGCGGACGAGGUUGGCUGCCGAGAGUCGGACGGGGUCGUCGCCACAACUCCCGAGCCCGCUGGUGUCGUCACCAAGGAUGCCGCGGCUGUCGACGAUGGUGCUUUGACUGCUGGUACAUUGGACGGUGGGGAGAGAGGCGGUGUUGAUUCGAGUUGCGGCGCCGGCGGUGACGGCAACGACGGCGACGUCGGAGCUGCCGGGAGCGGCGGAGGCGGGCUGGGCGGCGGCACGAAGGUCCUCAGGAGGGUGGCCACGCACCUCACCACCGUCGCGAGCUCGCUCGAUCCCCGGAACCUUAUCAACAGUCCCGCACUGCGGCGCCCCUUUUGGGGUGGUGAGGAACAAGGCGCCGGUGACGUGGACAGGGAUGGGAGCGGGGACGCGGAGGAAGUCUCGCGGGGUACGAUCGAGCUGCACAUGUUUUCGUUCGGGGCGCCCCGCGUGGGGAACUCUAUUUACGCCGCCCGUUACAACGACGUGGUGCCUCACAGCUUCCGAGUGGUGGUCGACGGUGACCCAGUCCCUGGUGUGCCCAGCUGGUGGUACACACAUGUGGGCACUAAGGUGUUGAUAGACGGUCGCGGAAGGGGAAGCUUGAUCAUGGACCCGAGCUUCGUGGAAAAACGAUUUUUCGUCAGGUCGAAGCGCUACGUGCUGUCCCACCUUACCGAGGCGUACCAGGCCGGCCUAAGGGGCAACCUGUUGCAGGCGGUGCCUCCAAAAUUCCAAGCAAGCAUGCCAGCUCACUGGCCGUUUGGGAUCAAGGCCGAUAGCAGCAGCGACUCUUCGUCAGGCGACGACGACGACGACGACGAAGACGAGGACGAAGACAACGGCAGCACCGGGGCGAAGGAACGGAAGGAAGAGGUGGCGGACUUCGGGGAAGAAGCGGAGUUGGACACGGAUAGCGGAGGCGAUGGUGGCGGCGGCGGCGGCGGCGGCGGCGGCGGCGGCGGCAGUAACGGCCUUGCGGAAGGGGUGAAGCGCUUACUUCGCCUUGGGGGUAGUACCGAGGACAUGGCGACGAUGGAGCAAGGGGACGCGGUUGCCGCGGCGGGGGCUGUGGGGUCGCCCCCUGCGGCAGCGGGGACGGAGGGGCCAGCAACAGCGGCAAGGGUGGAAGCCGUGGCGCAACAGGCGGGGAGUGGCGUUCAUUCUGAGGCAACAUCGCCCACAGACUAAUGUUAGGUUUCUCUUGCAAAAAUGGCUGCGGCACGUUUCUCGGGGCUUCUGGACCAUCGUCGCGGUGGCAGGACCGGCAUGGUUCCGCCGUGUGUUAAGAGAGACGGGGGAAUGCCCUACGGCAAUAUUCGCCCUCAUUAGUAACCCGUCAGCGGGGGUGCACCCAUCAUUCUAACUGGAAGGUCAGACGAAACCGAAGCUUAGUAGCAGGGACAGAGGCAAAGACGGGAGGCAGAAAAGGAUACGUUGCAGGUGCGCAAGUCAGGGUGCAGAUAUUGUUUUCGGGGAUGGAAUCAGUUCGUCUUCCUUGGACGAAGGUUGCCGCAACCCUCACGAGCUGGUCCACCCGAUGGUCGAUUCUGGGAAGGGAAUAAGGUAUAGUUCCGAGAAACGCACGGGUUCAGGAGUGGAGGUACAAGAGGUUGGUGGUAAUAUCGAGACGAAUCGUUGGUUGCGAGAUGUUUUUGAAGCAACAAGAUUUGCCACGCUGUUAGUACGCCGGCUCGCCUGUCCCUGGUGGGUGAUGUUUUCAUAGUUGUUGGAGCUCCCCGCCCCACCGUGGAGAUUGUAUGUGUCCCAUUCCUUUCGUGUGCAUAAGUUUGAUUUUCUUCUUGACAAUGCGGUGACAUUGGUGAGACGACAGUAGUGUUGGUUCAAGGUGUGUGGGGUUUCGAGUGGGAAGGAGCGUAGGACGAACCCUUUCGUCGCACAUCCCUGGUCA